UAUGGAUUUGACGUCGAAACACUUCACAUUGUUUUUCUAGUGUUGUUUGGAGUGUCAGAGAAAUGAACGUUUUUCAAAUUUAGAUACUUUAUUUCUUAGGUUUUCUGGGUGAUUUUUUGGACAUUGAUUUGGGAUUAGGGUUGAUAAGAUAGCGGCUGAUAUUUGUGACUCGACCCUUUAUUCCAGCUCAAUGUAAGCCUGGUCAUUCACGCGAAAAUUUGUCAGUUAAUGUUCAAGUAUUCUGCAAGUGUUGAAACUGGGUUGUUUGCCUAAGUGAAGAGAGUUUCAUUGAAGUUUUGGUUAGAACUGUGGUGAAUCACUAAUGACAUUAAUUGAAGAGGGUUCGCAACUGAUUUUCUUGUUUGGAAAUGGAUUUGAAUGAAGUCUUGCUGAAAGUCUGUCAACACACAUGGCCUCUCAGCAGAUAACAGAAGAAGCUGUUUACCUUUGCACUGGAAAUCUAUUGCCCAAAGACAUUGAGCAAAUAUCUUACUGGCUUCUAAAUGAACAAUAUUCAGAGAGCUUUAAAAGAAUUAAUGAUAUGAAAACAAGGAAAGGACUGGCCCUUGUUGAUAUUGUAAGAGAAGUGACAAUGUUUGUAUUUAAGAUUAAGAUACCUCCAGCUGUUCGAGUGCAAUUGGUGAAUGAUUUGGCUGACAUAGAAGUUAUUAGGAUCAAGGAGAGAAGGUUGAAUUUCAGGGCCCCUAAUAUCUUAAAUGAACAAUUCGAGAAAGAGGGAAACCUAGAAAGACUAUAAGAGAAGUUAUUAAAAAAGAUCUCGAGAUUUAUGAUUUUGAUAGAAGCAUGAUCUUUGAUGGAAUAUUAGGCGAACAUUGAUUCAUGUAACCGACCCCACCUAAUGAGAUAAGGCGUUGUUUUUUUUGGUAAGCAUAACGCGUUAUUGUUGUUUGCAUCUUUUCAUUGCAGUUUGUCUCAUAUUCUGAAAAUGUUGUCCAUCAA